CCCUGAAAGAAAGAGGCUUAUUGAGAGAUUUUAAAAACACAGCAUUGGUAUGGUCCAGACUUGUAUUUUUGAAUGACCACUUUAGCCACAAUGGGGAGAAAGUAUUGAAGAGGGAAACUACCUAGGAGACUACUAUAAGACAGUGGAGACCUAGAUAAAGCACUGGAAUAGAUACGGACCCUGAGGGGGAUAGAUGGCCUGGAGAGGUCUCUAGGAGGUAAAAUCCAUAAGAGUUGAUGAGAUUGGAUGGGAGUAGGACAAAGAGGUAAGAGGACUGAGAUGGGUCUUGGGGUUUUAGUUGGUUGAUCAAGUAGAUGGUGAAGAACUGAUGUAUGGAUUAAGUUUGGUGGUGGUGGUGGUAGGGUAUGAUACUGCUAACUUUGAAGUACCUAUAGAUACUCAGUUGAUACAUGUCUGGAACUGAAAAGAGAGCUUGGGGAAUUUGGAGUAAUAGACUUGAAAUAAUCAGAAUAAAGGUAAGAGCUACGGCUCUGGGACUAAAGAGAAGAGGAUGGAGGAAAGAACAAGAGGAACAUAAAUAUUCCAGGGAAGAAUGAUAGGGAGAAAAAUCAGUAGAAUGUGCUGUCCAGAAAGCUGAGAGAAAUUUGUAGAAAGAAGUGGUAAGUAGAGGCAUAUAAAAAAUCUUAAAAGGGAGCUGGGGACAUGGCUCAGAGGUACAGGACUUGCCUAGUGUGUGUGAAGUCCUGGGUUCAAUCCCAGGUACCACAAAAAUGUAAGGAAAGAUAUGAAAAAUGUCCAGUGGAUUUAGUCACAAAGGUGAUCUUUUUAAGAAGUUUCUUGGGCUGGUAGAGUGGGUCAAGUGGUAGAGUGCCUGCCUAGCAAGUGUGAAGCUGUGAGCUCAAACCUUAGUACUGAAAAAAAUAAAAACCCAAAAAACGUGCUUAAGAGGUUUCUUGGUGUGUGACUGAAGAUGGGUGGAGCCAAACUGCAAAGGGUGGAGCAGUGAAUAGGAGGUAGGGAUGCAAAUAGUAGGUGUUUAGAUAUGUUUGGUAAAGAAAGGAGAGAUUGAGAGAAAAGCAGUGAGGCAAAAGACUAUUUUGUUUUGUUUCCUAAGAUAUUUAAGGGGAAGGAGUUGGUGUGUGGAGGCAAAAUGCUUAGAGAAAAUAAACUUGCCUUUGAAGACAUAAUAUAAAGGUAGUUCUCUUUCUCCUAACAGCCCAUGAAGCAUGGACUAUCAUGUCUGUCUUAUAGGUGAGGAAACUGAAUUACAAACAAGGAAUAAACUUCUCUAAGGCUUCUUUCUGGGAACUGGGGAUACUGAGUUAAAAACCUAGGUCUACCUGACUUCCAAAAUUUUAUUUCCAAUGUUCUCCAGGAAUGAAUAAAUAAGACCAUAUAUGGAGCUGAUGCUGGUAGGUGGCAAGGGGCCUAAAGUUGAGAGUGACCCCACCCAUACACUUCACAAUUUUCUUUCAAGAAGUGGGUACUUGAUAUCCCUGGGUAACAAAGAAGGGUGGAGCAGACAGUGAAUAAAAGAGGUACAAAGCCCUGAGACCUUGGCUGCAGGAUAUGGGAUAGUAGGGAGAUUCAAGCUCUGAAAAACCUACCAGUUCAUUCUGAUGACAUUAUAAACUGAUGUUGGUGAACUUCUCUUUGGAGAACUAGAAGCAGGACUGGUAAGGUCAUGGGUGAUUUUAUGGGGUCUGAGGAUUAUGGGGAGAGAACAGUUGAAGGUUGAAUCAAGGCUUCAGGUUGGAUUGGGCAGCAAGGAUGGGGGAAAAGCUUGAGCCAGUAGGAUGCAGAAGCAGUGGGUUUGAAGAAGUAUUGGCAAGGGGAUUCCUGACUUGAAAUGGUCCUGGGGAAGAAACCAGUUGCACUAAAAAGGAGAACUUGCUCUGGAAACCUCAACACUUUCCUGUGAUCUAUUUCCCAUCAUUUAAUUUAAUUUGUAAUGCCACUUCUUCAUUUAAUCAGUGAAUGUCAUUCAACAUCCAUUUCCUGAGUACCUCUAUUCCUGAAGCAUGAGGCCUGAGUCUGAGAGGAGGUUACAGAAAGCUCAGGAGAGGGAGACAUAAUCAUAUGAGAGGCUGUGAAGAAGUCACACAGAGUGCUGGAGUGGAGGGCCCUACCCAAUGAGACUGAUGUUAAAAUGCCCAGAGAUAACAGCUUGACACCACAAAACACUGUUAUAUUGGUCUAGCAAAUGCCAGGCCAGAGCUACCUCAUUAAUCCACACAUUCUGAACUAAGGAAGAUGUAUCUACCAAAUCUUAAGCCAUGACCUAUGUCCUACUGGGGGUGGAGGAAUGAGAGAUGGAUACAGGGUCCUCGCUGUACAGUUUAGACAAAUGAAGCACAGAUAAGUGGAAAUGUGUGAAAGUUCAUAACCAAAGUCUAGUUGUGAUCUUUUGAAAUCCCUGAGCAGGAGAUCAGAAGACUUCCCUGAAGUAGAAAUGUGAAACACAGGCAGAACAGUAUAUGCAAUGGCACCAAGCCAUAAAAUAGUCUGACCUGUUUUGACAGCCAUUCCUGGGGCCUAAAAUAAGACCGUGAGACAGUGAGAAGCAGGAAACUCAGGGAUGAAUAGCCCUUAUGGUGAAAGGCAAGGGGCAAGAGGUUUGAAUGGAGGUUGUCAUUUUAGGUGUUUGAUAGGGAUCAUCCAUCAAUCCCCCUUUUUGUCACCUACAGAUCUGGUCACCCCACAGAUCCUCAUAAUGAGAAUAGUUCUGUUCCAAUCAGCCAAGAUGAACCUAAUGGAUAUCACCAAGAUCUUCUCCCUCCUGCAGCCAGAAAAGGAGGAGGAGGACACCAACACCAGGGAGAAGCAGGCUCUUAAUCAAGCAGUGUAUGACAAUGACUCCUAUACCUUGGACCAGCUUCUACACCAGGAACGUUACAAACGUUUCAUCAACAGCAGGAGUGGCUGGGGCAUACCUGGGACACCCUUGCGCUUGGCAGCUUCUUAUGGCCACCUGAGCUGUUUGCGUGUCCUUCUGGCACAUGGUGCUGACGUUGACAGCUUGGAUGUCAAGGCACAGACACCACUUUUCACGGCUGUCAGUCAUGGCCAUCUGGACUGUGUGCGUGUGCUUUUAGAAGCUGGAGCCUGUCCUGGUGGUAGCAUCUACAACAACUGUUCUCCUGUGCUCACUGCUGCACGUGAUGGUGCUGUUGCUAUCCUGCAGGAGCUCCUAGGCCAUGGUGCAGAGGCCAAUGUCAAGGCUAAACUACCAGUCUGGGCAUCAAACAUAGCUUCAUGUUCUGGUCCCCUCUACUUGGCUGCGGUCUAUGGGCACCUCGACUGUUUCCGCCUGCUUUUGCUCCAUGGGGCAGAUCCCGAUUACAAUUGCACUGAUCAGGGCCUACUUGCUCGAGUUCCACGGCCCCGUACCCUCCUUGAAAUCUGCCUCAAUCAUAAUUGUAAGCCAGAGUACAUCCAGUUGUUAAUUGAUUUUGGCGCUAACAUCUACCUUCCAUCUCUCCCCCUGGACCUGACCUCACAAGAUGAUAAAGGUGUUGCAUUGCUGCUACAGGCCCGAGCCACACCACGGUCACUCCUAUCCCAGGCCCGUUUAGUUAUCCGCAGAGCCCUGCGCCAGGCCAACCAGCCACAAGCCAUUGACCAGCUGGAUAUUCCUCCCAUGCUGAUUGGCUACCUCAAACACCAACUAUAAUCUUUAAUCUGCCCAGGAACCCACAAUGCCUCAAAAAAGAAAAAAAAACACCUGGGGACCCAGGUAGCUGGAGGGCAAUACAGCUCCACCCACUCAACUGGAGAGGCUCUCCCAUAUUAUCCUCCAUAAUAAAAUCCUCAACAAAACAAAUUGUAGCGGCUGCA